AUGGCGUCCUCUUCAGACCCACCACCCGCCUCGACCUCAUUCUGGAAGCCUUCCACCGACCCAACCCCGCGCCUCCAAGCGAUCGAACGCCGACUAGGAUCUGGACUUGCACCUCGACUUCGCAUCUCCCGAGUCGCGCAAUUGGAUGCCGAUCUCUUGGAUCACGAGUUAGAGUCGAUCCUUGCUGCGCCGAUGGGCAAGGCUUUGCAAGGUUUGAGGGUCGGUCUUGCGCUUUCGUACAAAGGGAGAUGUGUGUGUGCAGUGGAGCUGAUGAACGACAUCGUGGAUUGCCCUUCCUCCAGCUGCCUGGAGGAGCGAGUUGGGAACCCGAGUUGAUGGCCCUGUUGAGGAUCGCGGUACUCAAAAUGUCCAUCUACGAUCGAGGGAUAACUUAUGGAUCAGGAUUGCAGAAUCUAAAGUACAGGAAUGAGAGAGGUCGAGCAACGAAUCGUCAGUUUCCAAGGAGCGCUCUUCACGUGCUCGAUGUUCUAGAUGGAGGAGCUCACCCAAGCGUUUGGUACUUGUGCAGAGUCCUCUGCGGCGAUCGACGUCGACCUAACCCGUUUCCAGAAAUUGAGCUACAUGGCCCUCCUCGUCCUGCCCUCGUACCUCCACUCUCGCCUCCGAGACCGAAUGCUCCUCUCCUCCUGGUCCGACGAACCCCUCCCUUCCUCCUGGUUCUCCUUCUUCAACCCGAUACGAAUCCUCAAUGUCCUCGUCCGACCUUCCAAAGAUUCGUCCCUACGAUGGCGAAUGGAGGUCAAGCGAGUCUGUUGGGAACUCCUGAACCUCGUCGAGCGAUGCACAGCCAUGGCGACCCUAGCCAAUUUUCUCAUCUUCCUCUACGACGGACGCUACCGAACGCUCGUCGAUCGAAUCCUAGGCAUGCGAUUGAUCUACGCUCAACGUUCGAUCAAACCCAACGUCAGCUUCGAAUUCUUGAACCGACAACUCGUUUGGGAAGCUUUCACGGAAUUCCUUUUAUUCCUCAUGCCGUUGAUUAGUGUACGGAGAUUACGAACGAGGAUUCUUCGAACGCUUUCGAAUUGGACUUUGAGGUCCAAACUUCUUUCGAUGCUCAUCUCCAACCUUCCUCAAACGAUCUUACGAACACUCAAAAUCGAUACUCAACUCAACCCCAACUCUUACCCACUUUCCAAUCAGGGAACGAAAGGAAAACCUUCCCAACCGCAAGGACCGUACGCUUUCCUCCCUUCCACAACCUGUCCGAUCUGUUACUCCACUCAAAAUGCGCCUCCUACGCGACUACCGACGAACCCAACGAAUUUCGAAUCCGAUCGAUCGGGUGGUCCUUCCUCCAUAUUAGGUUCCGACUCCAAUUUAGGCGCUUCUACGAACCCCUCGGGUUCAGCUUCGUUGAUUAAUGGCGACGUGGGUGUGAAGGUUCCUUAUGUCGCGAACUGCGGUUGGGGAUGUCGGUAUUGUUAUUAUUGCGUGGUGGAGAAAUUGGUAGGGGCGCAGGAGGAGGGGGAGGAAGGAUGGGGAUGUUGGAGGUGUGGUGCGGUCGUGACGGAGGUUUGGAGGGAGGUGGGCGGGAAAGCGGUGGUGGAAGGGGAGGCUGAGGAGAAAGGAGGGGAGGGCGAUGAAGGUGGAAAGGAUUUGGUUGUUGGGGAUGGGGAAAGUGUUUUGGAUGAGAAGGAUUCGAUCGAGACGCAAUCCGUGGGGUCGGAACAUAAUCGAUGGAGGGAUGAGGCAUAG